AGUUUGUGGCUUCGUUUUCUUGGGUGAGGUGCGGUUAACAAAUUUUGGAAUAUUUUGGUUCAAAACGCACUGUAAAAUGCUGAUUUAGUGCUAAACCUUAGAGAAGUGUUCAAAUAUGUGUCGUUACAGUGAUUUAUUAAAUUAUAGUUUGUUUGAAGUGUAGUGUCCAACAUGUUUCGAUGUAUACCUUUGUUCAAAUGUAAUCGCCAAGUGGAAUGUGUAGACAAGCGGCAUUGCUCGUUGCCAAACGUACCUGAAGACAUAUUGCGAUACUCCAGAAGCUUGGAGGAACUCUUUUUGGAUGCUAAUCAUAUACGUGAUUUGCCGAAGAACUUCUUCAGACUUCAUCGAUUAAGAAGAUUAGGUCUUAGUGACAAUGAAAUUCACAAACUGCCACCGGAUAUACAGAACUUCGAAAACUUGGUUGAACUAGAUGUAUCACGAAAUGACAUUCCCGACAUCCCAGAGGACAUCAAGAAGUUGCGUGCUCUCCAGAUCGCGGACUUCAGCAGCAACCCGAUCCCUCGCUUGCCGGCUGGGUUCAGCCAGCUCAGAGCGCUCACGGUGCUCGGUCUCAAUGACAUGUCCCUCACCAGUCUUCCGAGCGACUUUGGCAGUUUGGUGUCCCUGCAGUCAUUGGAGUUGAGGGAAAAUCUUCUUAAAUCAUUGCCCGAGUCUCUGAAAAACCUCACUAAAUUGGAGAGGUUAGAUUUAGGCGAUAACGAAAUCGAGGAAUUGCCCGGGUUCAUCGGUGAGCUACCUGCGUUAGAAGAAUUAUGGUUGGAUCAUAAUAAACUCCAAUAUCUUCCCCCAGAAAUAGGGAAUCUCAAAGCUUUAACAUGUCUAGAUGUCAGCGAGAACAAACUAGAACGACUUCCAGAAGAAAUCGGGGGACUAUGUUCACUAACCGAUCUACACUUGUCACAAAAUAUGUUGGAAACGAUACCAGACGGUACCGGGGAUUUAUCAAAGUUAACUAUAUUAAAGUUGGACCAAAAUAGAUUACAUACGUUAAAUGGUAAUGUAGGAAGGUGUACAAAUCUGCAAGAGCUUAUAUUAACGGAGAAUUUUUUAAUGGAGCUGCCUAAGUCGAUAGGAAAUCUUAAUGAGUUGACAGUACUGAACGUAGAUAGAAACUCUUUGGGUGACAUACCGAUAGAUAUUGGAAAUAUGACCUUACUGGGGGUGCUAAGUUUAAGGGACAACAAACUAACAAGACUGCCAAACGAACUGGGAAAUUGUAAAUCGCUUCAUGUAUUGGACGUUAGUGGAAACAGGUUACAGUACUUACCAUAUACUUUAGUGAACUUGGAGCUUAAAGCUGUUUGGUUAUCAGAAAACCAAGCGCAACCUCUUCUUACCUUCCAAACGGACAGAGAUGAAACGACCGGUGAAAAUGUUCUCACUUGCUUCCUCCUACCGCAGCUUAGUUACACCCAGCAACCAGAGCUGGAACACACAUCAGAGGUCGGCAGUGGCAACUGGUUGAGGGAUCACAGAUAUCUUUCACAAUCGCAAGAGCUAGAUAGAGUGAGAGAAUCCAGCGCGUCACGGGAUCGGGAUUCGGAUAAUGAUGAUUGGGAAGAGAAGGAAGCUUCGCGGACGCAUUCAGUCAAGUUCACCGAAGACGUCCCGGAAACAAGAGAGACUCCGUUCGUACGUCAGAAUACACCGCACCCGAAGGAGCUGAAGGCGAAAGCACACAAAUUACUGGGCCGCUCGCCAGAGAACGCUCAUGUGCAGCAAGAACCACCGCCCACAACCAACGGACUACCAUUAUCGCCACCAGAACCUGUACUAACGGCCGUAGAAACUAUUGGAACUAUUCAACAAACUCAAGCACCCCAAGAGAUGGUUAAAGAUGAUGAAAGCGAUACGCAAACGGCCGCUGAUAGAGAAUCUUCCGAAGGUGAAAACGAAGAUAACGACGACUCUGACGAGUUAGAGCGAGGCUCGCGGCGAGUCGCGUGGCGCAACACGGUGGAGGAGCGUGGCGCUGUCACCGGCGGCCGACUGCACCGCCGUGACACGCCGCACCACCUCAAGAACAAGCGCGUCAACCAGAUAGACGCGGGCCGCGCGCGCGAUCUCAUUGCGCAGGCGAUUAAAAAAAGAGAGCACCAAGACGAGCAGAAGACUGAUGACGAUGAAACUGUGGAGGACGUUCCUGACGGUGAAUCCGUGUCGGAUCGGGCUGACAGCGAAGCGCGGGUAGUGAACGAUCAGCGAUGCAUCGAAGUGCGCAUUGCGCGGGCGGCCGGCGGUUUAGGUUUGAGCAUAGCGGGAGGACGCGGCUCCACACCGUACAUCGGCGAUGACGAUGGCAUUUUCAUAUCGCGAGUCACGCCUGGCGGUCCGGCGUAUAAUGCGGGACUUAGGGUGGGCGAUAAGGUGCUCUCCGUGAACGGGACAUCCGUCGUGGAAGUCGAUCACUAUUACGCAGUUGAGGUUCUGAAAGCUAGUGGUCCUACGCUUACAUUGGUUGUUACAAGGGACUCUCCUAAUUCUACCAGAACUCAUAGCAGAGCACCGAGUGGAGCGAGUCACCAUUCCGUAUCAAGUACAACUGACACAGUAUCUACUUUAGAAAAUGGACAGAUACCCACAGGUCGCGGUAUUCCAAUGAAGCCGUUAAUCAUCAGCAACCAAUACGCGCAAGAGUUCGAGCCUGAAUUCAAGGAGCAACAGAAGCUCAGGAACAACCAGAGCACGCCAACGCCCAUCGCUAAUUACAGCCCUUCGCCCACCGGACAGCCAGUAGACUACCAGCGGCUGCAGGCAUCUCCGCCACCCGUCACUGCGCCUUACGUUCCGCCAGUAUAUCAACAAAAAGUCCUCGUCCACACGACAUUAAUCCGCGACGGAGCCGGCCUAGGGUUUAGUAUAGCCGGCGGUAAAGGUUCACCUGCAUAUAGAGAUGACAGCGACGCGAUAUACAUUUCGCGGAUAUCGCCACAGGGUGCGGCCGCAAAGGACGGUAAAAUGCUGGUUGGCGAUAAGGUAGUUUCGAUCAACGGCGUAGAUAUGGAGAACGCGCGUCACGAAGCGGCCGUUGGUCUGUUGACGGGCCACGAGAGAUUCGUGAGGCUCGUACUGCAACGGACCAUCACUUCUGAUCAAGCCGAGACGCGGAAAUCUAUAUCGGACGAAGUGAGAGACCACAAGACCAGCCUGACGAAUGUGAACAUUGCACCGUCACCGAAACCGGCAAACCACGUUAACAAUAACAACCAAGCACCACCACCACUGAUCGGCAAUCACACUAACAAUGCACCCAGGGUGGUGACUCACUUAACACAAACACCGCCACAGAGCCAGCCCCAAGUCACACAUUUCUCACAGCAAGCCACACAGAUAUCGCCGCAAAUCGUGAAUUCGACGCCGCAAGUCGUGAAUUCGACGCCGCAAGUUGUAAAUUCCACGCCGCAAGUCGUUAAUUCUAUGCCGCAAGUCACCCAAAUACCGCCGCAAGUCAAUCAGUUACCGCAGCAAGUGCAACAAGUUUAUACCCUGCCGUUGAAGCAAACAGCUUUCGCACCACAACCGGCACCUCGGAGACUGAGUCAACCCAAUGGCCAGGGCCCGAAGUCAACGACUAACAGUGCGAGCACGCCUCUAACACCAGGAGCCCCUAACACUCACGGUUCCACAGAUGACGUCUUUGAAGACAUUCAGCCGUCGCGGCCGAUCACGAACGAGGAGUUCCAAGCGAUGAUACCGGCGCACUUCCUCGGCGGGCCGCGGCCGCAGUCUGAACCUGUGGAGAAGGGCGUACGAGUGACGGUAGAGCGGCCGGGAGCGGGCAUCGUAAUGCCACCGCCGCCUUCGGCCCUCGGCCGCGUCACCGAGACUAUCACCAAGUCGACCUUCACCGAGACGACGGUCACGCGCAUCACGGAUAACCAACUCGUGGCACCGCUAAUUAUCGAAGACGUAACGUUAGUCAAAGAUGGCGGAUCCCUAGGCUUCAGUAUCAUUGGAGGAACUGAUCACUCUUGCAUUCCAUUUGGCGGAAAAGAACCGGGAAUAUUUGUUUCGCAUGUGGUCCCUGGUGGCGUGGCCGCUCGUUCGGGCAAGUUGCGUAUGGGCGACCGCAUAAUCAAAGUGAACGGCAACGAACUGACCGGUGUCACGCACCGAGAAGCCGUCCAAUUGUUACUGCAGCCCGGACCUACUUUAUCACUCACCGUCCGACACGAUCCUCUGCCGCAGGGAUACCAGGAUCUAACUAUAGUAAAACAAGAAGGCGAAAAACUGGGUAUGCACAUAAAGGGUGGCUUAAACGGCCAACGAGGCAAUCCCAACGAUCCCAACGACGAAGGAGUCUUCAUAUCGAAAAUCAACAGCGGUGGUGCAGCCAGGAGAGACGGCAGGCUAAAGGUCGGAAUGCGUCUGCUAGAAGUAAACGGAGUAUCGCUAUUAGGCGCGACGCACAAUGAAGCCGUGAAUGCGCUGCGUCAAGCCACUAAUGCACCACUGCACCUAAUUGUUUGCCACGGGUACACGCGCCCCGAGAAAUAUACCACCGGUAGUGAGAGCGGGACGGCGGACACUGGCGGCUCUCUGUCUCACUCAACGUCGAGCCUGGACCGAGAUGAGCCGUUGCAUCAUCAUCAACAGGAGCAACCGUUCCAACAGGAUUUGGUUGAGUUUGAACAUGAGAAACAAGUCGCCGAAGUUAGGGAGAAGUCUACUCCAGAAAAGGUGUUAGACAUAGUCCACGCCGUCGAAAGCAUGGCUCUUGAACCGGUUCCGCCCACGUCGCCCGAGCCCCAGCACAAGACGACCACAGUCGUCAUGUCUAAACACACACUCCAACCUCAGUCGUCUAGUUCGCAAGCGGCGCCCCCCUCGCCGCUCGCAGUAUUCACGGAACAGAAGGUGAAGACGCCCCCGCCCCCGGCGACGCCCAGUGGCCGCCCUUCACAUCCGCCGCCUCCGCCUCCGCCCAAACCGAAACCACAAGUGCCCCGAAAACCACACACGAAGCGAGUUAGUUUCACACCGGAACCGGAUUACGAACAUUCCUCGACGAACGAACGAACCACACCCUCCCCGCCCGUGCAUGAUGCGCGUGACGACGCGAACGGGCAUACCGUCGACACUAACGAUGCAUGCGAGGGAGUUAGCUCUUUACUAAUACGAAACCGACUGCUGAGUGCGGACGUGGAAACUUCGAAACCCGUUCCCAGAGCGAACCUCGUCCUACCAGACGACCUCAUCAUACCCCCACCGCCUUCGUUCGAUACGAACGUAAGUGACGUUCCAUUGCGCAGGGAACUGAAUGUACCACCGCCCAUCACCAUCAUUCCUGAGAGAAUUAUUCUUCCCGAGCCGGAAGUCGCGGACACUUCCAUACAGUCUUCGACUACGACGAACAGCCCCGAUGCCGAGGUCCCCCCGCCUAUAAAUUACAAAGCCUUUCCGUCUGUCUCGCAACCGUUGAAAAUCGAUAAUUUCCGAUCGGCAAUAAUUUCUGAAGUGCCUUCAUAUCAAGCAGUCCGGAUGUCUGAAUAUCCAGCCUGUAAAUGUGAUCAAUAUUAUAAACAACUUUCAGCAAGCCCCGGCGGGGAACCAGAUGCUCCCGAACUUUUACAUGUUCAAUAUAAAUCUCUUCCCAUCGUUUCACACGUCCCCCACUCCCCGUGUUAUUUACAUCCAGAUAGAACUUACUAUGAAGACAAUUUUCAGACUUCAUUGCGUGACUUGAGAGUAAGAAAUCUAUCACCUGGUAUGGUUCAUUCUUCGACGUAUCCCCCCAUUAACCCUUAUCCGUCCCUCACUACGGUUGCGGGAACUUUCAAUCCAUACACGUGUACAGUCCCAAUUAAUACGAAUCAAAACAACAAUGGAUUUAAAUCACAAAUCUCUCCUAACAUCAGUUCAGGCAAAGACAUAAACGCCAAUGUUACCCAAACCCUACCUACUUAUGUCAGUGAUAUGGCAAAAAAAAGUGUACAAUCAAUAGAAAGAAGAGUUCGUUUCGGUGAAGUGACGACUGCGCCCGAUAGUGAUAAUUUUUCGGACGGUUCGGAACUCGCGAGGGAAGGCAGUUCCUCACCCGCACCCACCCUGAAACCCGCAUGGAGCAGCCAAAUCAAAUCCUUCGCCAUCGGCGAGGCUUCCCCGCCUCAUUCAGGCAAUUUUGUGAAAGCCUCUGUCAGCGAUAAAAAGAAAUUUUUCGAAAAUGCAAUGGAAGAAAGCCACAAACCAUCGCCUAAGCCAGAACGCGUAUUCACAUUCCUGUCAGCGGAUGAGGUGGAGAAAUUGAAGCAGGAAGAGGAGAGGAAGAUGGCCAGCAUGUCGCCGUCGGAGCUCCGCUCGUGGUCUCCCGCGGGGGACCACCAGAGCUGCGAUAGCUCGCAUUCCGACGACGAGCCGUAUGAAAACGGCCACAGUGUGUCAUUGGGUGGCGUGAGUCCAUCAGCGAAGUCUCAGAGACGGCGCGAAAGGCGCGAAGGUUCCGAAGGCGAAGACGCUGCGACUAAGGCCGCGCGACGCGCCGCUUGGAGGGCCGCAAGGCUACGAUCCUUGGAACAGGAGGCAAUAGAGUCACAGAAAGCCAUAAAAAACCUGGUGGGUCCAGCGAAAGAAAUCAUAGGUGAAAUCCCGUCGAGGGAGAAAUCUCCGUCCGAGGUGGAGACAACGCAAGAGAGAAUCAUAUCAUUGGAAUUGACAACUAGUCCUAGUAGCGAGACCGCGCCGGAUCUAGAAGAGGCGGGAAUUAAUUUAGGGGACGGUGAGGUCGAAGGCGGUGACAAUUCGCUGCAACCUGACAUCGUGCAAGUCGUCAAUCCUUUACUGGAUGGAGGCGCCGGCCGUGUCACUGCAAUCCCUGUAGGGCCUGCUGAUAGACUCACCGCCUAUACGGAACAACAAUAAACCAGAUCUCUUCACUUGCUCAUCUCCAUCGAAACCGGUUCAUCCCAAACUGGAAUACUCCUUACGUCCAAAUAGGAAACUUAUUAUUACUAAAAGGGUAACGCCCCUUUUAAUAUACAAUACUUAAAAAGGAACGCCCCUUUCCUCAUUGGUCCUAUAGGACCGAAUACAAAGUAACUCCAUGACAGCGCAUUGGCUAACGAACCGAACGAACUCGAUUGUAGAUUUCUUCAACGAAACGAACAGCGACGUAUCAUUCAUUGAACGAGUUUUCCAUCUACUUUUUUGUAUUAUGAACUGUGAUAAUAACUUUAGAAUUCCACCGACUUCUUGUGUUACUUAGAGAGAGACUUGAAGAAAUCCACCAACGAGCUGCACUUGAACGCAUUUCAAAUUGAUCACAAUUUUUUAUACUUUAUUUUUCGACGGAGAUUCUAGGUUUUUACUAUAAGUAAUCGUUGUCUAUUUUGAUGUAGAACAAUAUUCUUACAGUACUUUACGUAUUUAAUUUUAAUUAUUUUUCAUUCCGUGCAAGUUUUAAUGUUUGACUGUAUUAUGAUGAUGCUGUACCUGUUAAGAGAAAGUUUAAGGGGCAUGUUUGUAUAAUGGGCAAAGAUUGUACACAUUCGAUUUGUUUUUAUAAUCGACGCAAAAACGUGUACUUAAGCUAAUUUUUCCACAGCGGAAUCUUGGCAAGUAAAGAUCCGUUGAAUAUAGCAUCAGCCUUCAAGUUAUUUUAUUCGAAUUAGGACAAUUUUUUUAUACUUGAACGCGAGUGUUACGUAUUCGGUAAUGCUCUUACGGAAUAACUAGAAAACAAUGCAAAUCGAACGUGUGCGGUCAUGCUUAGUAGUUUAUGGACAUAUCGAAAAUGUUGACGAGAUAUUAUAAUUCCAUGGAUAGAUGUAGUAGUCACACCCAUCCUUUAAGUGUUUGGCAUCCGUAUUAUGGCAUCACAGAGCAACGUCGCUCCGCAUCCAUGUAAAGUUGAUAGUUUAUAAACAUAAAUGAACUAUUGUUAUAUCAUAAUAUUUCUUAUUUUAUAUGUAAUAAAUUUAACAUGUAAUAUGUUGAAUUCGUACAGUAUUCUUUCGUGUUUACUGGUGUUCUAGUAUUUUAAUUUAAUGUUUUAUUAAUUUUAGUUACUUUUAUGUAUGUGGUGCCUUAAUUCUCAAAUGGAUUUUAUGCAAUGUUUUUAUAUUUUAAUUAUUGUUACGAUUGUAAUUCCGGCUCAUUCUAUUUUUAUUAUUUUAUUAUAUAUACGGUAAUGUGUUUGUACAAUAGAAAAAUUAUAUUCUUACCUGGAAUGGCCGUAAAUUAUUUUUUGUUCUCGCGUCUGUAUAUCCUGUCUACAGUUUUAAAUCUCAAUCAAAUGUAUAUUUCAGCUGUGACUAUGAAAAUGUAAACUGUUUUGAAUAAUAUUUAAUUAAAGUAUCGUGAGGUAGUUAUAUUGAAUGAAAGAAUGUUUUUAUGUGUGUCCUUUAUACCUUUUUAAGGCUCUUAGUGUAUGAUUGUAAACUAAUGAAAAUAUUGUAUGUUUGUCCCAAUUAAAUGGUUUAAUAUAUAUUUUAA